AUGCAUCUUCUCCGUUUGCUUGUCAUCACCUGGUUGUCGCUUGGAGGGCUAUCAUGGGCGUAUAUCGAUUUCGAAGCGAUCAGGAAGAUUGGUAAUUGGACGGCGGAGGCACGGGGGAGGAUUGUUGGGGAGGGAAAGGUGGUAGGAGGUGGAGGUGGAGAGUUUGGGGGGUUUGAUGGUGGAGGUGUGGGACAGAGUGUUCUUGGUGAUUUGGGUGGUGGUGGUGGGGAUGAUGGGGAGGAGGUUGAGGAUACCAUAACAGCAUCCCUUCAAAUACUCUGUUCAGACCUAUUAUCUCAACUUGAGAAACCGGCACCUUUGAAACCUUCCCCAACACCCCCCUGCACAACUAUAACUUCAGAAUACCACACCUUCCUCGCCUCAACAGCCCGUCUCAUAUCUUCAAUCGCCACUCGUCAGGCGCGUUAUCAGUGGGAUGCGGAGAGUAGUGUGCAUGCGAAAUUGGCUUGGUUGCAGAGGUUGUGGGCUAGUCGGAAGGGUAAUUCCAACGAAAGAAGUUUUAUAGAACAACAACUUGCGUUAUAUAAUCCUACUAGAUGUUUUGGGAAGAAUGAGGUGCUGAGACGGGGGGUGGAGGUAGUGGAGUUGGUUAAUGAUGUUAUUGAUGAGUUUAGGUGA